UAGUAUGUAAGAAAUCUUAUCCAUAGCAGAAAGAGUGAAGCUAAGAAAUAUGUAAACUAAUAUUAAUUAAGGCCCUCUUGUAAGCCAUUAAAAGCAAAAAAAAAAACAUCACAAAAUUAACCAUGGCCACAAGUUGUUCCUCCAUGGUUUCCACCAAAUUAUCCAUACUAGGUUGGACAGGAGGAGGAAGAAGAAAAGAACUAAAAACCAGAACACCAUUUUUCAUAUCAUGUCAACAACAAUCCGAUGUUAAAGACUCCGAAGGUGUGAAGGUAAUAGAAGAGAAAGAAAUACCACAAAACCAACAAAUAAAUUCAAAAGGAACAGAACCAAGACCAGUUGAACGUCAAGUGAAUGUGAAAGACAAAGGUAUGAGCAGGGAGUAUGGAGGACAGUGGUUGAGCUGCGCGACACGACAUGUUCGAAUCUAUGCUGCUUAUAUCGAUCCAGAAACCAGUGCUUUUGAUCAAACGCAGAUGGAUAAGCUUACACUUCUUCUUGAUCCUACUGAUGAGUUUGUCUGGAAACCUGAGAGUUGUAACUUGGUUUAUUCUUACUUUCAGGAGCUUGUCGAUCACUACGAGGGUGCUCCAUUGAAUGAAUAUACACUUCGACUGAUUGGUUCAGACAUAGAGCACUAUAUAAGAAAGUUGUUAUAUGAUGGAGUGAUCAAGUAUAAUAUGAAUGCAAGGGUUUUGAAUUUCAGCAUGGGGAAGCCACGAAUCAUGUUCAAUAACAAUGAUGUCCAACCUGACGAUUCCACUUGAGAAAUCGUUUGUCUAAUACACCAAGAAAAGUGAGCAAAUCAUUGAUGUUUUUGUGUAUGAUGAUGAAUUGGUUACAUAUAUAUUUUUUAAAUUAUUAGUUCUUUAAUUUGUAAA